AUGUGGAGUCCCAAAGAAAUCAUGUUUUCAAGAAUUGCCCAGAGUGGUGGGUGCAGUGAUGAGGAGGCACUCAUCAAGGCUGCCCUGCAGAGGUCUCCCACCGUCUUUCGUGCCCGUAAUUCGGUCUUUAUUGGCCAGGAUGGAGAGGUCUCUGUGCUGGAUGUUGGGAAGCUCAAAGAGCAGGAACAGGAGCAGGUGUUGGAGAAGAUGGUUGCUGCAAUUGAUGAGGAUACCGAGCUGUUCUUCCGAAGAGUUAGGCAGAGAUUUGAGGCGGUUGAUUUAGAGUUUCCAAAGGUUGAAGUUCGGUUUCAAGAUCUUAAGGUGGAUGCAUUUGUCCAUGAAGGGAGUAGAGCCUUGCCAACAAUCCCCAAUUUCAUAUUCAACAUGACAGAGGCAUUCUUGAGAAAGUUGAGGAUGUUUCCCAGCCGGAGGAAGCGGUUGUCUGUCCUAAAUAACAUCAGUGGCAUUCUAAGGCCUUCAAGGCUGACUCUUCUUCUCGGCCCUCCAAGCUCUGGGAAGACUACAUUGCUUUUGGCUCUUGCCGGGCGCCUUGGGCCUGGUUUGAAGAUGUCGGGGAAGAUUACAUACAAUGGGCACAAUCUGAAUGAGUUUGUGCCUCAGAGAACGUCUGCAUAUGUCAGCCAGCGCGAUUGGCACAUUGCAGAGAUGACUGUAAGGGAGACAAUGGAGUUCUCUGGACUUUGUCAGGGCAAUGGCUUUAAGCAUGAUUUGCUCAUUGAACUUUUGAGAAGAGAGAAGAGUGCUGGAAUAACCCCUGAUCCUGAUCUUGAUAUGUUUAUUAAGGCAGUAGCACUUGGAGAGCAGACAAGUACUGUUGUGGAUUACUUAUUAAAGAUUUUAGGAUUGGAUAUUUGCGCGAAUACAUUAGUGGGAGAUGAAAUGCUAAAAGGGAUCUCAGGGGGGCAGAAGAAGCGUCUUACAACAGGUGAAUUGCUAGUGGGAAACUCGAGGGUGCUGUUAAUGGAUGAGAUUUCGACUGGCCUUGAUAGCUCGACUACCUAUCAAAUCAUCAAGUAUCUAAAGCAUUCGACUCAUGCUUUCAGCGGGACUACAUUGGUUUCUCUGUUGCAGCCUGAUCCCGAAACUUACAGCCUGUUCGACGAUGUGAUUCUGCUUAGUGAAGGGCAGAUAGUGUAUCAGGGACCGCGUGAAAGUGCUCUCGAUUUCUUCUUGUUUAUGGGUUUUAGAUGCCCUCCUAGAAAAAAUGUUGCUGAUUUUCUGCAAGAGAUUACAUCUGAGAAGGAUCAAGGGCAGUAUUGGUUCCUUAAUAGCCAGUACAGCUAUGUACCUACGUCGAAAUUUGUGGAGAGCUUUCAGUCCUUCCAUGUUGGUAACUCUCUGGCAAAUGAUCUGUCGAUUCCUUUCGACAAGAGUUGCAGUCACCCAGCAGCUUUGUCGGCUAGAACGUAUGGGGUGAAACGGGCCGAGCUUCUAAAGAUUGGUUUCCAAUGGCAGAUGCUACUGCUGAAGCGAAACGCGUUUGUUCUUGUUUUCAAGUUCACCCAGCUUCUUUUGAUCAUUCUGAUCAUGAUGAGUGUGUUCUUUCGGUCCACAAUGCAUCACAAUAGUCUGGAAGAUGGAGCUGUGUAUCUCGGUGCACUUUACUUUGCGAUUCUUAUGGUUCUCUUCAAUGGCUUUUUGGAGGUUCCUAUGAUAAUAGCCAAGCUUCCAGUCCUUUAUAAGCACAGAGAUUUACGGCUCUACCCGUGUUGGGCAUUUACGAUUCCCUCUUGGAUUGUGAGUAUUCCCACUUCACUUGCAGAAUCCAUAAUAUGGGUUGCAGCCACAUAUUAUGUAGUCGGGUUUGAUCCUCAAAUAACAAGGUGCCUCAAGCAGUUCCUUUUGUAUCUCUCCUUGCACCAGAUGUCAAUAGGCCUUUUUCGCGUGAUGGCCUCAUUAGGCCGGAACAUGGUAGUUGCCAACACUUUUGGAUCUUUCGCGAUGUUGGUUGUCAUGGCUCUUGGUGGAUUUGUUCUUUCCAGAGAUAGCAUCCCGGUUUGGUGGAUCUGGGGUUACUGGAUUUCUCCUUUGAUGUAUGCCCAGAAUGCAGCUUCUGUGAACGAGUUUCGGGGUCAUUCGUGGGAUAAGAAUGCUGAGGGCACUACGUUGUCGUUGGGAGAGAUGUUACUGAAGGCUCGGAGCUUAUUUUCCGAGGAUUAUUGGUAUUGGAUUGGAGUUGGUGCUUUGCUGGGAUAUACAGUAUUGUUCAACAUUCUCUUCACCUUAUUUCUUACUUAUCUCAACCCGAUUGGGAGCCAGCAGGCAGUUGCUCCUAAGAGGAAGCAAAAUGGCCAAGGAAAUGGCUCCUCCAGCAUCAUUCAGCUUUCCGAAUUUUUGCAGCACUCACACUCCUUUACAGGAAAGAAGAUUAAGAAAGGCAUGGUUCUUCCUUUUCAGCCUCUUUCGAUGUCAUUCAGCGACAUCAACUAUUAUGUUGAUACUCCUCUGGAGCUUAAGCAUGAGGGGCUAGUAGCAGAUAGACUGAGGUUGUUAGUGAAUGUCAGUGGAGCGUUUCGGCCAGGGGUGCUUACUGCAUUGGUUGGUGUCAGUGGCGCUGGAAAAACUACCUUGAUGGAUGUUUUGGCAGGUAGAAAAACCGGGGGACAUAUCGAGGGUACUAUAUACAUUUCCGGUCAUCCCAAGAAACAAGAAACCUUUGCAAGAGUGUCUGGUUACUGUGAGCAGAAUGAUGUUCAUUCCCCAUGCUUAACUGUCCAUGAGUCCAUACUUUUUUCUGCUUGUCUCCGAUUAUCCUCUCAGGUUGACUUGAAAACGCAGAAGGCUUUUGUGGAGCAGGUUAUGGAGCUAGUUGAAUUGACACCAUUAGGCGGGGCGUUGGUUGGCCUUCCCGGGGUUGAUGGACUGUCAACUGAGCAGAGGAAGCGUCUGACAAUUGCUAUCGAGCUUGUUGCUAACCCCUCGAUCGUUUUCAUGGAUGAACCGACGUCUGGGCUUGAUGCCAGGGCUGCUGCAAUUGUGAUGAGAACUGUGAGGAACAUUGUUGACACUGGAAGGACUAUUGUCUGCACAAUCCACCAGCCCAGCAUCGAUAUCUUUGAAUCAUUCGAUGAGCUUCUGCUCAUGAAAAGAGGUGGAGAGCUCAUCUAUGCUGGUCCCCUGGGCACGAAUUCGCGCAGACUAAUUGAAUAUUUUGAGGCAAUCGAAGGGGUUCCGAAAAUCAGAGCUGGAUACAACCCUGCAGCUUGGGUUCUUGAGGUCACAUCGACAGCAGAGGAAAGCCGGCUUGGUGUAGACUUUGCAGAAAUUUAUCGUAGAUCAGAUCUGUUUCAGCAAAAUAAGGAAAUGGUGGAGAGGCUAAGCAAGCCAAAUGCAGAUUCAGUGGAGUUAAACUUUCCAAGAAAGUAUUCCCAGUCAUUUUUUGGCCAGUUCUGGGCUUGUCUUUGGAAGCAGAAUCUGUCCUACUGGCGAAAUCCACAGUACACAGCAGUGCGGUUCUUCUACACGGUCAUCAUCUCGUUGAUGUUCGGAUCGAUAUGCUGGAAAUUUGGCUCCAAAAGGGAUACUCAGCAGGAUAUUCUGAAUGCCAUGGGAUCAAUGUAUGCAGCUGUUCUUUUCAUCGGAAUCACAAACGCCUCUUCUGUGCAGCCCGUGGUUUACAUCGAAAGAUUCGUUUCGUUUCGAGAAAGAGCAGCCGGGAUGUAUUCUGCCCUACCAUUCGCUUUUGCACAGGUUACUGUCGAGUUCCCCUACGUGUUCAUACAGACACUUAUUUACAGCACAAUCUUCUACUUCAUGGCGUCUUUCGAGUGGAACGCUUGGAAGUUUGUUUGGUACAUAUGUUUCAUGUUCCUCACCUUACUAUACUUCACUUUCUUUGGGAUGAUGACCACUGCUGUGACCCCAAAUCACAACAUUGCUGCCAUCAUUGCUGCACCCUUCUAUAUGAUGUGGAAUCUCUUCAGCGGCUUCAUGAUUUCGCGCAUGAGAAUCCCGAUAUGGUGGAGAUGGUACUACUGGGCAAACCCGGUGGCGUGGAGUCUAUACGGGCUUCUAACAUCACAAUAUGGAGAUGUAAAUGACAAUGUGAGACUACCUGAUGGGGUUAACUCUCUGCCAAUCAAAGACUUUCUCAGAGAGGAGUUCGGGUUCAGGCACGAUUUCCUGGGCGUGGCGAUCGUCGCUGUGUGCGGUUUCUGCCUGCUUUUCGCAGUCACAUUCGGUUUCGCAAUCAAAUACUUCAACUUCCAGAGAAGGUGAAGAGCACUGGACCUAACUUUUGACACAUAAAAGAUUAUUAAUGCUUUUCUUUCAGUAUAUCAAAGAGAGGAACUUUGUUGCAGACUAAUGAUGGUGCAGCAUAUAUAGAACAAUAGGAUAUAUAUUUACAUAUAUAUAUAUACUUAUAUCAGUUGAAUUUCUGAAUAUUUCUUCACAAAAUGUUAGGGAAAGGGUUUAUAUGUUCAUUGAUUUGUAUUUGGAUUUGUAUAGGAGGAUUGAAGGAGUUAAAGAAUGUCUCUGCAAAGAAAAUAAAAAUUAUAUUGAAGAAAAUGUCAACUGCUUUAUGUCCAAUUUUAAUGUUCACAUGCAUAGACUGUUAUAUAGAUUAGGCC